UUAAUACAUUUACAGUUUUCUUACGAAGAAUUGUAAAAAAGAAAAGAUAUAAAGGAACAAAAGAAAUCAUCUUUCAUUGGAAAACAUAAUCCAUGUAGGAGGACAGCACGUCAUUCCCAUUGCAUCGUUUAAACGAUCACGAAAUAGCCAUUUAUACAUUAUACUUUCAGCAACACGCCAUUACUGGUUAGAGUGAAAGUACUUCCCAGAACAUUAUUUUCUACAGCACGUCUACCAUUAUUGGGAUCAUUACUAUUCUGUUUAAUGUAUGACUUUCAGUACUAUCGAUUCACUAGACCGAGAAAACCUUGAAAUUAAAUUCUUGGUAAAGACUGAGCGAGAAGGAUGAUGAUAAUGAUAAUGAUAAUAAUGAUAAUGAUAAUAAUGAUGAUGAUAAUAAUGAUGAUGAUGAUUGCAGAUGGACGUUCGAAGAGAAAUCGCUACUUCCAUACUUCGAUUAACUCUUAUACAAUACGAUAUUUACCUCAUGAACUAUUUCCAAUUAAUAUAUGUGUGUUGUGUAAAGGUAAUUUAAUUCACCAAAGAUAAAAUGAAUUUAAUAACAAAAGAAAGACGAGGAGGAGGAGGAGGAGGAGGAGGAUACAGGGUCUUUUUAAAAAGACUUAACAUCGUUCGAUUUCACGUGAAAUCAUUGACGUUCCUCUGGAUAUCGUAACACAAAUGGGAUCAGAGAAGAAAUAGAGAAGAAAUGGAGAAAGAGAAAUAAGGAUGGGUGGCUUGUUGCCCGUACCGCUACAAAAUAGUGUGGUGUAUACAUACGCGAGUUCCGCAGAGAUAUAGGGGAACGAUGACGCGAUGCUCGCAAGUUCGUACGUAAACCAGUUAGGCGGAAUCCACUUUUCCCUGAGGCAUAAACCUUUUCGCCUAAACGCGGGUAUACGGGAGAGAGAGGGAGAGAGAGAAAGAAGGUGGGGAGAAAAGGAAAGAAAGAUAGCCUUCGGCCCCGGCAUACUCGCCAACGGCAACGGCAUCGGCAUCGGCGUCGGCGGCAGCAAUAAACCCAAGUUUCUCAGACCUCAUCGAGCCACUGUCCCGCUUUCCACGAUUUCCCUCACCGUCUCGUUCGUUCAAUCGUACUAUCGUACUUCAUCCCCACUUUAUCCCCACUCCUUCCCUAUUACAUCCCCACUAUAUCUACUUUACCGCCGCGUGCGGCCGCGUCUGUAAUUAUAUAUUCAUUCAAUGGAGUCAGUCUGUCAGUUACUCGUGGAGAAUCCUCGCGGUGUAGAACUUUAGUAACUUCAGUUUUUUCUUUAUUUCUUUAUUUCAUCUUAUGAAUUAUUCGUGACGUUUAAAACUAUCUUAAUUAUUUCCUUUAUAUUUAUCCUAUAUAGUUUCCUAUUUCUCUGAGGUUUAUUUUUUUAUCUUUUUCUUCUUCUUCUUCUUCUUCUUCUUCUUCUUUCCCUCUCCCAACAGCAGCCAGUUUACCUUUCCAUUCUCUCAUUCGUCGAACUUGACGUACUUCGGAGAAACGGAAAUAAAAGGAAGUCGUGUUACAAUAUAUCUUAAGAAAACGAUUCUUUAUAUUUUUAACAGACCCUCUUAAAAGAUUUAUACCUGAGAAACUUUCUUUCUGUCAACGUACGUUUGGUGUUCCUACUGAAAGUGUCCGACAGUGAUGUGUAACCCUCAUCGACGUUGUUCCCAGUACAGUAUAACGAUUCUUGGAAAAGGUGAAAGCAAUUAUGAACGUGCGAGCCAAAUGUAUUUCGAGGAAAUUUCUUUGAGAAUUUCUCCUUGAGAAUCGUCCCAGCUUUCUUCUUCAUCAUCAUCAUCAUCAUCAUCUACUUAUUCUUCUUUUUCGUUCGUUCAGUUUCUGAAUGUCCUCUGUGAGGAACACGAGUCCUGUACGAGACAUUGAUUUAACAAAUAAUUGGUGACGGCACGUGCCUGCCAUCAAUGUUGUACCUUAUUCAACAACGGUGACGCAAACUAAUCCAAGUAUCAAGAUGCUGACAGUGAUGUGCCCUAAUUGUCGCCUUGAAUUUUUGGCGAAUGAAGAACAUACGGACAAUUGUAGUGAAACAAUGCCUUGUACCGAGGAUACGUGGUACAUGACUGAAGAACAAUACACUAACGAUUCUGAUUGUUUGAUCAAUCCAUCGCCAAUUAUUAACAUACAAAAUAUUCCAAAAUAUUCCAUCCAAUUGGACGAUAGUCAUAAUGACCAUAUGAACAAAAUCAUUCAAACUGAAGAUCCGAAAUGCGUUAAUAAUAAAUCAACGAAGAACAAUUAUUCAUCCAAGAGGUUGUUAAUUGAAAGUCCGAGUUCUGAUUUAUCCAAUAAUCAGACGAAAAAUGAUAGAGAUGAUUGUAUGUCAUCUUCAAUAUGUCGUAUAACUUCUUGCGAUCUGACUGGCGGUAGUGUGACCAUAUCAACGCCCAUCAUACAAUCGGGUGAUUGUUUCAUUUACAAUACCGAUUCUUGUACCUUAGUUGAAACACCGUACGACGUGAUUCAUCCAAAAUUGUCGGUCGGUGGGCGUUACGUUCAAACGAAAAUAUCUACGAACGAUCAUCAGGAUGACGAAGGUAGUGAUGGUGGUGGUGAUGGUGAUGGUGAUGGUGAUGGUAGUUCAGCUGCAAAAUCCUCAACUACGGAUAAGAAAAAUUGCGGAUGUGUUUCUUCACGCUUUCGCGAACAUAUUUAUUCGAAUGAAAUAGCUAUGAAAACACCGAGCGGAUGUCAAGAAUUACCUGGAAAUAGGAGGAACAACCCUUCGUUGAAAUGUUGUUCGGAAAAACGACCAAUCGAGGAUGAUUCCGACAUACGUAACAAUUGCAACGAAUCCGAUUCUGGAUUUUGUAAUAUUAAAAUAAUGCCUAAACAAGAUUGUAAAUCAUCCGAAAGGAAUUACAUUCAAGAAGAUACGACGGAACCGCUUAAAAAUAAUUUACUUAAACAGCCACCAUUGACAAAUAGAGAUUCAAAUAAUUUUAGUGAAAAUUUGGUCUUUUGUCCAGGAACAACUCAAGUUCCUAAUCACAUAGACAAGAAUUCUGAUAAUGAAACAUUUGAUGAAAGAAACGUAACGAUGGUUAAUAAUGGGCUGCCAUUUAAUCCGUCCUCGGGAGAUUUGUUAAAUAAUUCUAAUGAUAAUGAAUCUCUUCGUAAUUCUAAUGGCAUUCAAUUACAAUUGAACGCUACUCUCCAAUUACCGCCAGAUAUAGACCAAUGUUCCUUGAAUAUAACGGCAACAACUAAAGCGAUGAAUUUUAAUUUUCCUGAAAGUACUAUCAUUGUCGCCGGUAAAAGCUUUAACAAUUUCAACGGCGGUGGUAUAAUCAAAAUAGACAAUAACAUCAAGAGAAGUAACAUCGACGAGUGUUCUUCUUGUCAGAAAAAAGAGGAAACGUCGUCUACUACUGACAUGUUUGAUACUGAUAUGUAUGAUAUAUAUAAAAGAAUUCCAUGGAGUCCGCCCAAGUUUAAUUGCAGUAAUUUAGUGAGAAUGGUAUAUAAUGAUCGUUUAAUGAAAAUCAAAAAAUAUCUUCGAACUAGCGGUUGGUAUCACGAGGAUCUAAGUUGGCAACAGAGUGAGAUUCUUCUUAAAAACGUAGCAGUUGGCAGAUGGCUAAUGAGGGAUAGCUCGGACUGCAGAUUUACCUUUGCAAUUUCCGUGCAAACCGAAAGAGGUCCUACAUCCGUUAGGAUACAGGCGGAUUAUGGUAAUGACUUUAGGCUAGACGCGGAUAUAAAUUUAAUCAAUGACAUACCUAGUUUUAACUGUCCUAUCAGCCUGUUGGAAUAUUACAUUGAAUAUUCCAAAAGAAAAAAGAAAAAUGAACGUAGGAGAGAGGUUUGGGUCGAUUACAACGGCCUACUCUACGGUCAAAUCUACCUCACUGAACCUUUAGUCAAAGAAGUUAGAUCACUUUGUCAUUUGGCAAGAUUGGCUAUUCACAAGCACAAUUUACCUACCUACAAUUUACCAUAUAUGAUCAGAGAUUAUGUCUCUCAAUAUCCGUACACGAUUUAAAUUAUUAUACGAUUUUAUUAUUGCAUCUUCCAAUUUUUCUCUAUUACGAACUGAGAUUAGCAAAAAUUAUAUUUUUAUAUAUUAAACUAAGAAAUAUUUAGCAAAUUUUUCCUGACAAUUUAUCCAAUUGUAUUUAAUAAGAAUUGAGAAAGAGAAAGAG